AUGUCCUCCCUUUCCAAUGGCAUCGCCAUCCGCUCGGGCCACGAACACCACGGCGUGACGGCAACAACCCAGGGUCCACCGCUAGCGGCGCCGACCGUCCAAGAUGCCACCAACGCUGAGCAGCUGCGCGCCGCGCUGGCGGCCCUUCACGAGCGCGAAACUGCAAUAACAGCACGGCUCGAUGCCCUGGUCGCCUCGCAGGCGGACCUGUCUCGCGACCUCGGCCGGCUGGACCUGCUGCGUGCCGGGCUCGGCGCGCAGGUCAUCGCUGCGCGGUCCGUCGGCAACGAGAUGCUCUCCUCUGCGUCCGAGACGGCUGGUCGGCUGAGCGGCCGAGUCAAACAGCUGGACCUCGAGAAGAGCCGCGUCGAGGACACGCUGGGCGUGGUGGAGCAGGUGGCCGAGCUCAAGGCCUGCGUCAACGGCGUCGUGGGCUCCAUGGGCGCCCCGCAGGACUGGGAGGCAGCUGCGGCCUAUCUGUCGAGGGCCAGCCAAGUGCCCGAGGAGAUCGCGCGCGGCGCCUUUGCGGCCAGCAUAGUGCCGAGCGUCGAGGUGCCGGACCCGCCGUGGGUGACGCUCGAGGGCGCAAGGGAGAGCUUGUGCGGUCUGUUCCUCCGUGAGUUCGACAAGGCGGCGAGCGACGGCGACGGCACAAAGGUCACCCGCUUCUUCAAGCUGUUCCCCCUGAUUGGGAGGGCGGACGUGGGCUUGGACGUGUACGGCCGAUACGUCUGUCAGGGGGUCGCGGGCACUGCUCGGGCGACGCUCAAGGACAGCAUCGGCGGAAACAACCGCAAGGAGGGCUUCUUCUACGCCAAUGCUCUUACCAAGUUGUUUGAGCACAUUGCCCAGAUUGUCGAGGGUCACGGUGGGCUGGUGGAGAGACACUACGGCACCGGCAAGAUGGUUCGAGUCAUCGAGCGGCUGCAAAUGGAGGCCGACGUGCAGGGCGGCAUCAUUCUGGACACGUGGAGCGACGAGCGUGGUGUGGAUAGGAAGCUGACCGACGUCAAGAGCUAUCCUUUCUCGUUCCUGGUCCAGAGCUUCCUGCCUCAGCCGCCGCGCGGCGGAACACCCCGGGUCAACUCGCCGGCCGUGGGCGCUGGCAACAACGCUCGGAACAGCGAGGACGAGGGGGUGAACAUGAAGGAGGUGGACGCCUUGCUCAGCGAGAUUGCCGUCAUGCUGGGGCGGUGGUCGUUAUUUACACGGUUUCUGUCGGGCAAGUGCAUGGACCCCGGGACUGAAGACAGCCCUUUGGUCAUACCCGACUUGCUGGUCAAGUCCAACCUCUAUCGAAAGGUCUCGUCCAAGCUGUCCUCUCCAUAUAACGUAAUGACGACCUUCUUCUUCCGCCGGUCCGUCGAGAAGGCGUUCCAACUGGACGAAUAUCCGAGUGGGCUAUCGCUCAGCUUGAACAAGCAUCUCGAAGGCAAUGCGCCUUACAUCAUUUUGGCAGUCGACGAUGUUAUGUACAUUGCCAACACUGUCAUCCAAAAGACGCUUUCAACGUCGCAACGAGACGUCAUCACCGCGGUUCUGCCCACGGUCGGUCGAGUACUGGAAUCAGACUUUGUCGGCAUGAUGCAGCGCAAGAUGCGCGACGAAUCUUAUCCCAAAGCCAUCAUACAGGGAGGUUUCCCGCCGGAGGAUAAGAUCAUACAGUUCAUCGUCCUGAUCAACAGUCUGGACGUGGCCAACGAGUACCUACAGAGGAUCAUAGGCGGCCGAAUAGUGCCCGUCGAGGGCCAGGUCGGGGCGGUGACGCUACAUCCGUCUCUCAAGGAUUCGUUCCCAUUUGAUAGGGAUGUCGGGCUGGUUGCCAAGGCGCUGCAUACGCUGGAGACCGCCGUGGUGUCAAAGUCGACGGAGCUGCUCAACGAGGGCAUCCAGGUGCUGUUCAAUCAGGUGGUCAAGGCACGGCUGCGGCCCGUACUGAGCGACACGUUCCGAGACGCCGACUACACGCUGACAGAAGAAGAGCUGUCGGAGAUGGCACAGCAAAACGACGAGACGGAGGAAGACUUGAUGGACCAGGUGCGGCGGCGGUUCGAGCACGGCUGGGACCAGCUGAUGAAGGCGCUCGCGCGGUUGAUGACGUCGGGCACGUACAGCCACCUGCUGGACCUCACGGCACGGUACCUCUCCAGAGUGCUGGAGAAGCGGAUCCUGAGCUACGGGGGCAGGACGACGGGGUUCGGGGCGGUCCGCAUGGAGAGAGACUUUACGGGCAUCGUGGACACGGUGUCGCGGGGAGACUACGUGGUCCGGGAGGCGUUUGCGCGGGUGACGCAGCUCCUGAUGGUCGCCAACAUGGAGGAGGAUGAGUGGGAGGAGCUGCAGGCUGAAGGCGACGGCGACGGCGACGGCGGGAUCGAGUGGGUGCUGACCGAGGAGGAGCGGAGGAGAGCGCGGAGCCUCGUGGGAUGA